AUGAAGGAGACUGACAAAGCCGCCCUAAUGAACGCUCCCAUCUCUGACAGUGGUCUCUUCAGAGCAGCCGUCAAAGAUGCGACGACCUGGGUCUACUGCCAGACAGAGAGCCCGUCGAGCGGCAGCACCUGGUGUAGUCAGAAGAGGCAGUCAGAAGAGACGAUGACGGGACGAGUGGGAGAGGGCAGGAGAGAGCGCAGCACUUCAGGUGACAACGCCCACUGUUCAUCCCCCAACAGGGUUGAGAGUGUGCUCUCAUUCCUACAGUUCAUGUUUGACAAGCAGCGCUCACCCGCCACCAUUAAGGUAGCGACAUUCGGAGCUGACUCUCCCUUACCGACCACCAACCAGCUCAUACCUCCGGCAUCGACUCGACACAUCCAUCAUGAGAUGUCGACGCGGUUAAACCAGCCCCAGACGCAGUGUGGAAAACUACUAGGAGCAGAGCUCCCCUAUGGGGCUCCGCUCCACUCAUACUGUAAAACUGGAGUUACAACUCCGAUAACUAUCGUUUUCUCUCGUUUACAGGCACCCCUUCAGAUGGGUCGCAUGUGUUAUUCAUCAUCCGUGCCCACCACCAAGUUGUUCAUUGACGGCAAGUUUGUUGAGUCAAACACCUCAGAAUGGCUGGACAUUCACAACCCUGCUACUAAUGAGGUGGUGAGUCGUGUGCCCAAAGCCACCCACACGGAGAUGCUGGCUGCAGUAGACUCCUGCUCCAGGGCCUAUGCCUCCUGGUCCGAGACUUCCAUCCUCACCCGCCAGCAGAUCUUCCUCCGAUACCAGCAGCUCAUCAAGGAAAACAUUAAAGAGCUGGCCAGGCUGAUCACCCUGGAGCAAGGCAAGACUCUAGCCGACGCGGAGGGAGACGUCUUCAGAGGACUGCAGGUGGCAGAGCACGCCUGCAGCAUCACCUCCCUGAUGCUGGGGGAGACRCUGCCCUCCAUCACCAAAGACAUGGAUACCUACACCUACCGCCUGCCCAUCGGGGUGUGUGCCGGCAUCGCCCCCUUCAACUUUCCUGCCAUGAUUCCUCUGUGGAUGUUCCCCAUUGGCAUGGUGUGUGGCAACACCUACCUGAUGAAGCCCUCCGAGCGCGUCCCAGGGUGCACCAUGCUGCUGGCCAAGCUGCUGCAGGAUGCAGGGUUGCCCGACGGGACRCUGAACAUCAUCCAUGGACAGCACGCUGCUGUGAACUUCAUUUGUGACCACCCAGCCAUCAAGGCCAUCAGCUUUGUGGGCUCCAACCAGGCAGGAGAGUACAUCUACGAGAGAGGAUCCAAGAACGGCAAGAGAGUGCAGUCCAACAUGGGAGCUAAGAACCACGGUGUGGUGAUGCCUGACGCCAACAAGGAGAACACUCUGAACCAGCUGGUGGGCGCGGCCUUCGGCGCAGCAGGACAGCGUUGUAUGGCUCUCUCAACUGCCAUUCUGGUAGGCGAAGCUCGUGAUUGGCUCCCAGAGCUGGUGGAGCGCUCCAAAGCCCUGCGUGUCAAUGCAGGUGACCAGCCAGGUGCUGACGUGGGUCCACUGAUCUCCCCUGAGGCCAGGGCCCGUGUUGAGAUGUUGAUCCAGAGUGGCGUGGACGAGGGAGCUACGUUAUUGCUGGAUGGACGCAAUGUCCACGUCAAAGGAUACGAGAAUGGAAACUUCGUAGGACCCACUAUCAUCGGCAACGUAACGCCAGCGAUGAAGUGCUACACGGAGGAGAUCUUUGGGCCGGUGCUGGUGGUUCUGGAGGCUGACACUCUGGACGAUGCCAUCUCCCUGGUCAACAACAACCAGUAUGGCAACGGAACCGCCAUCUUCACUACCAACGGCGCUACCGCUCGCAAGUACACACACGAGGUGGAUGUCGGACAGAUUGGAGUGAACGUGCCCAUCCCCGUCCCCCUGCCCAUGUUCUCCUUUACCGGCUCCAGGGGUUCCUUCAGGGGGGACACCAACUUCUACGGAAAACAGGGCAUUCAGUUCUACACUCAGAUUAAGACGGUGACUUCACAGUGGAAGGCUGAGGACGCCACGACUAAGGCUGCAGCAGUUACCAUGCCAACCAUGCGCUAAACGGAAUGUACGCUUGUAAAUGUGGUGUUCUCUCCCUGGCACAACGUUCUACUGACUGACAUUCACAAGGGGUUAGCAGCCAAGGGGUAUGGAUAACUGAUACGACUUUAUUGCAGUCCUGGAAUAUGUUUUAUACAGAGUGUACUAUGUGAGCGAAGUUUAUAUAUUGGAGUUUGACCCUGUUAAUGAAAGUAAUGUUUCUUAUAGGGUGGUGUCAGAUUAGAUCUGAAAUGUACUGUUACUAUAGCCUCAAYCCCUUCUGUUUAAACAUUAGACAUAUGCUGCUCCUGGGAGUUCCAUGAGAACGAUGGACUAGAUGGAAUGCAAAGGGUGAGAGAAGGCCUCUGUUGCCCAUAGGCAAAGAUCUAGGAUCAGUACUCCCCUCGCAUCCUAACUAUAACCAUUAGGAGGGGAACAGCGGUACACUGACUGUAGAUAAGCAUCUAGAAGUGGCUUCACCCCAGUCACACAGCCAUCAUGGUCAUUAGUGUCCCCAACCUGUGGAACAGAGACACUGUCAAAGUGUUAGUAUUUGUGAGUGCAUUCGAAAAAUCCAAUUUGUAAAGUUAGUGAGCGGUGUUCCUGUUUUACAUGGAAUAAAGAUAUCCAUUGAAUACUGUU